GAGAUCCUGAGGGAAAGAAGAACCCAUCAAAUCCCCCUCAGGAGCUAUUUUUCAGGAGGAUCCCUUGGGAAAACCCAUGUCAAGACACUUCAGGAGAGAAACAAAGAAUGAAGCUUUCUGGUUUUUAUGAUGGAGAUCAAACAGCAGUUGAAGCUCCAAAUCAAGAGGGUUUGGUGUCCUUCGAAGAAGUAGCUGUGUAUUUCUCUAAGGAGGAAUGGUCUCAGCUAGAUCCUGACCAGAAAGCGCUGCAUUCAGAAGUCAUGCUUGAAAACUAUAGGAACGUGGUCUCUCUGG